AGAGCGGCGAAAUCUUUCCGCUACGACCCUUUUCGUCUUCGCAGUACGUCGGUGUCGCUCCUGCAGGUUCUCGUCGUCGGUUUCGGGAGGGAGGGAGGAAAUUCGGGGGUUGUCGCAAUGGCGCCCGCUGUGGCUGGCAGUGGAAUUGCCGUGGGUCUGACCAAGGGACACAUCGUCACCAAGCGUGAGCUCGCUCCCCGCCCAUCUGCCAACAAGGGCAAGUUGGGAAAGAGGACUUCUUUCGUUAGGAAGUUGAUCCGUGAGGUGGUCGGUUUCGCCCCCUAUGAGAAGAGGAUCACUGAGUUGUUGAAGGUUGGCAAGGACAAGAGAGCCUUGAAGGUUGCCAAGAAGAAACUCGGAACCCACUUGCGUGCCAAGCGCAAGAGAGAGGAGAUGACAUCUGUCCUUCGCAAGCAAAGGGCGACCGGAGGUACCGAGAAGAAGAAGUAAACUAAGUACAGAGCAGUAGAAGGAUGCGGAUUGUAGCAGAACCUGUUGGUUUCACGAGCAUUCUCUCUAUUCCGCUGUAGUUCAGUAGUUCAGAGCAGUUUCGACACUCUAGGGGCUGCAUCGGGAGUGAAGCUGUGGGAACUCUUGAAGAGAAAGUGGAUAGUACGAGUUGUGAACUUGACACAGGGCGGAAUUCUUGGAUGCCCGACAGGCUUACGGGUGUUUUCUUAAUUCGAAUUUUAUCAAUCUAUGUAAGGCAUUCGCAAGGAAUUAGGUACUCAUCAAAGUGGUGUGCUGGUUUUCCUCCGGCGCACGAGCUUGUUCUUGGCACUUUUGGCGCAGAGUGUCAUAAUUUUUGAAGUGUAGUUUAUUUGCAUGGGGAAACAUGCUGCAUGCACGAAACAGAUCCAAAAUAAAUAGGACUCGAAAUUAUCACUGUGGGGUAUACUGGUUCUGCCACUUGUCCAGAUCUGGCUUGAGUUAUUUUUGUACAUCC